AUGAAAGCCGAAAACGUCGGCGACGUGUCCGUGUACACUGUCGCGGGUGCUGAGACCGCCCGGCCCCUUCCAGACUGGCUGGCCCGCCGGAGGAAGCGCAGUCUGAAGAACGACGUCGAAUACCAGAACCGCAUAGAACUGCUCCAGGACUUCGAGUUCGAGGAGGCUAGCCAGUGCAUCCGCAUCUCCGACGAUGGCGAGUGGCUGAUGUCCACGGGCACAUACAAGCCCCAGAUCCACGUCCACCAGCUCUCCCACCUGUCACUAUCCUUCGCCCGCCACACCACCUCGUUGAACACGACCUUCCAGAUCCUGUCCACCGACUACACCAAGUCCAUACAUCUCCAGAGCGAUCGCAAGAUCGAGCUCCACACCCAAGGCGCCUGCCACUACGAGACGAGGAUACCGCGCUAUGGAAGAGAUCUGAUCUACGACCGCCACUCUGCCGAGGCGCUGAUUCCCGCCGUGGGCCUCGACGCCGAAGGCAAUGGCGAAGUCUUCCGUCUGAAUCUCGAGGUUGGCAGGUUCAUGAAGUCCUACCACGUCGACAUCGGUGCCGAUGAGGGAGUAGAGACCGGUCUACAGGGCAGCAUUGGCGUCGGUGCAGUCCUUGUGGCAGCACAGGCCGAAAACACCCACAACUUGACGGCCUUCGGAACUUCCAUUGGCACUAUUGAGUUUUGGGAUCCACGGUCGAAGAGUCGCGUGAGCAUCAUUGGAGGACAGGAGGGUGAGGUGACGGCUUUGGACUUUAACAGUUCAGGUCUGUCUCUCGCCUCCGGUACCUCGACCGGUCUCAUCAAGCUCUUUGACCUCCGAAGCCCGGUGCCACUGCUCCAGAAGGACCAGGGCUUGGGCUUCCCGGUCAAGGAGCUCAUGCACAUGACGACUGCUUCGCAGGAAAAGAAGGUGCUCUCUGCAGACAAGCGAGUGGUCAAGAUCUGGGACGAGUCGGACGGAAAGCCUUGGACCUCGGUGGAGCCGCUUGUCGACAUCAACUCCGUCGCCUGGUGUAAGGAUACCGGUAUGUUGCUGAGUGCCAACGAAGGCAAGCAGCAGCAUGCAUGGUUCAUCCCGGAGCUAGGCCCGGCGCCCAAGUGGGCAAGUUUCCUCGACAACAUGGUCGACGAGAUGGCCGAGGAGGUCCGUACCGAGACCUACGAAAACUACAAGUUCCUUACGAAGCCGGAGCUCAAAGCUCUCAGCCUGGAUCAUCUUGUUGGCAAGACAAGCCUGCUGCGGCCGUAUAUGCAUGGUUACUUUGCGGCUUCCAAGCUGUACGAUCAGGCUAGAUUGAUUGCGAACCCCUACGCCUGGGAGGACGAGCAAAACAAGCGCAUCAAGGAGAAGAUCGACAAGGAGCGUGAGAGCAGAAUUCGUGGCAACAAGAAGGUCAAGGUCAACCAGCGGUUGGCCGACAAGCUGCUCAAGCGCCAGGAGAGAAGAAUCGAGCCCGACCUCAAGGCCGGUGCCCUGGGCGAUGAGCGUUUCGCCAAGAUCUUCGAGGAUGAGGCUUACAAGAUCGAUGAGACCAGUAGAGAGUUCAAGGCGCUCAACCCAAGCACAAAUAUCGAGCUUCUGGACAAUGACGCCGAACUUCACGCUAAACUCACUGCGAAGUACUCGGAUGAUGAAGACGGUUCAGAUGUUUCUAUGGAAAGCGAUGACGAGAUUGUGCAGAAGCCGAAGCCGAAAGAGAAGGUAGAGAUGAAGGUGUCCUCGUCGAGCCGGGGCGGUGGUCGAGAAGCGAGGGACACAGCCUUCGGAUCACGAGCCCAGAAGUCCGGCCGGAUCACAAAGAGCCGGGGUGCGGAUGUCGUAGGGGAGCGUUCGGUAACCUUUGUACCGGAAUCCAGGAAGAAGAAGUUUGAGGAGACUGUGGAACCAGCAGCCAAACCCAGACGAUCUGAUGCCAGGCGGAGCGCUAGCACAAAUACUUUCAGAAAAAUGUGA